CUGCUUCCCUGCAGGUCUAGUAGCUGCUUCCUCUUCACCUGGCCUCUGUCCUUGACAUAUUUUGAAAUCUGAGCUCAUCUGUCCUCUGAGGUGAAUCAAACGUGCAGCCAUGGGGGAUGCAGAGAUGGCUGUGUUUGGGCAGGCUGCCUCGUACCUAAGGAAGUCGGACAGGGAGCGAAUGGAGGCGUCGACGCGUCCCUUCGAUAUCAAGAAAGAAUGCUUUGUCCCGGAUCCAGUGGAAGAGUUUGUGAAGGCAACCAUCACCAGCCGAGAUGGAGAGAAGGUCACUGUGGAGAACCAGUAUGGGAAGACUGUGGUGGUCAAAGAUUCCCAGAUUCUGCAACAGAAUCCUCCAAAGUUUGACAAGAUCGAGGACAUGGCCAUGCUGACCUUCCUCCAUGAGCCCGCCGUGCUGUUUAACCUCAAAGAGCGUUAUGCAGCAUGGAUGAUCUAUACCUACUCUGGGCUCUUCUGUGUGACUGUCAACCCCUACAAGUGGCUGCCCGUCUACAACCAAGAGGUGGUUGUUGCUUAUAGAGGAAAGAAGAGAAGUGAAGCUCCUCCUCAUAUCUUCUCCAUCUCUGAUAAUGCCUACCAGUACAUGCUGGCAGACCGUGAAAACCAGUCAAUUCUGAUCACUGGAGAAUCUGGUGCAGGAAAGACUGUCAACACAAAAAGAGUCAUCCAGUAUUUUGCAAGUAUUGCAGCGGGAGGCAUAAAGAAAGACCCCAAUGCCAAAGACAAGGGUACCCUGGAGGAUCAAAUCAUCCAGGCGAACCCUGCUCUGGAAGCCUUUGGGAAUGCCAAAACCAUCAGGAAUGACAACUCCUCCAGAUUUGGUAAAUUCAUCCGUAUUCAUUUCGAUACCAGGGGGAAGUUAGCCUCCGCUGAUAUUGAAACAUACCUUCUGGAGAAAUCUCGUGUGAUCUUCCAGCUCAAGGCUGAGAGAGAUUACCACAUUUUCUAUCAGAUUCUGUCCAACAAGAAGCCUGAACUUCUGGAGAUGCUGCUGAUCACAAAUAAUCCCUAUGACUACGCCUUCAUCUCUCAGGGGGAAACCCAAGUGGCCUCCAUUAAUGACUCAGAGGAACUGAUGGCAACAGAUGAAGCCUUUGAUGUGUUGGGCUUCACUCAAGAGGAGAAGAACUCUGUGUACAAGCUGACUGGUGCCAUCAUGCAUCACGGCAACAUGAAAUUCAAGCAGAAGCAGCGAGAGGAGCAGGCUGAGGCUGAUGGCACUGAAGAUGCUGACAAAGUUGCAUAUCUGAUGGGCCUGAACUCUGCUGACCUCAUCAAAGGUCUCCUUCACCCAAGAGUCAAAGUAGGAAAUGAGUGGGUCACCAAGGGACAAAAUGUUGCUCAGGUGAAUUAUGCAGUCGGAGCUCUAUCCAAGGCUGUUUAUGAAAGGAUGUUCCUGUGGAUGGUGAUGAGAAUCAACCAGUCACUUGAGACCAGGCAGCCUCGCCAAUACUUCAUCGGUGUACUGGACAUUGCUGGAUUUGAAAUUUUUGAGUUCAACACCUUUGAGCAGCUGUGCAUCAACUUCACAAAUGAAAAACUGCAACAGUUUUUCAACCACCACAUGUUUGUGCUGGAGCAGGAAGAGUACAAGAAAGAGGGCAUUGAAUGGACUUUCAUAGAUUUUGGCAUGGACUUGCAGGCCUGCAUUGACCUGAUUGAAAAGCCCAUGGGUAUCAUGUCCAUCCUUGAAGAGGAGUGCAUGUUCCCCAAAGCCUCUGAUGCAACCUUUAAAGCUAAGCUCUAUGACAACCACCUGGGCAAAUCAAAUAACUUCCAGAAGCCCAGAAUUGUCAAAGGAAAACCAGAGGCCCAUUUUGCCCUGAUGCAUUAUGCUGGAACUGUUGAUUAUAAUAUCAACAACUGGCUGGUAAAGAACAAGGAUCCUCUGAAUGAGACUGUGGUUGGACUCUACCAGAAGUCUACUCUCAAGCUGCUAUCUUUCCUUUUCUUAAAUUAUGCUGGAGCUGAUUCAGACAGUGGAAAGGGCGGCAAAGGAGGAAGCAAGAAGAAGGGUUCAUCCUUCCAGACAGUGUCUGCCUUGCACAGGGAGAACCUGAACAAGCUGAUGACCAACUUGAGGUCUACUCACCCUCACUUUGUGCGCUGCAUCAUCCCCAAUGAGACCAAGACUCCUGGGGCCAUGGAGAACCCUCUGGUGAUGCACCAGCUGCGCUGUAACGGUGUGCUGGAAGGCAUCAGGAUCUGCAGAAAGGGCUUCCCCAACAGGAUCCUCUAUGGAGAUUUCAAACAAAGAUAUCGCAUCCUAAAUCCUGCUGCCAUCCCUGAGGGUCAGUUUAUUGACAGCAAAAAAGGAGCUGAGAAACUUCUUGGGUCUCUGGAUAUUGACCACAAUCAAUACAAGUUUGGACACACCAAGGUGUUCUUCAAGGCUGGUCUUCUUGGGCAACUGGAGGAGAUGAGGGAUGACCGUUUGUCACUAAUCAUAACUGGAAUCCAAGCAAGAGCAAGAGGUCUGCUGGCAAGAGUGGAAUUCCAGAAGAUUGUUGAAAGGAGAGAUGCACUCUUGGUGAUCCAGUGGAACAUCCGUGCCUUCAUGGGGGUCAAGAAUUGGCCCUGGAUGAAGCUGUACUUCAAGAUCAAACCUCUGUUGAGAUCUGCUGAGGCAGAAAAGGAGAUGGCCAACAUGAAGGAAGAAUUCCUGAAGCUGAAAGAGGCUUAUGCCAAAUCAGAAGCUCGGAGGAAGGAACUAGAGGAGAAAAUGGUUUCUCUUCUUCAAGAGAAGAAUGACCUGCAGCUCCAUGUCCAGGCUGAGCAAGAUAAUCUUGCAGAUGCAGAGGAAAGAUGUGAGGGGCUGAUCAAAAACAAAAUUCAACUGGAAGCAAAAGCCAAAGAGCUGACAGAAAGACUGGAGGAUGAGGAGGAGAUGAAUGCUGAACUGACUGCUAAGAAGAGGAAGCUGGAGGAUGAAUGCUCUGAGCUGAAGAAAGACAUUGACGACUUGGAAUUAACUCUGGCUAAAGUGGAGAAAGAGAAGCAUGCCACUGAGAACAAGGUGAAAAACCUGGUUGAAGAGAUGGCUGCUCUGGAUGAAAUAAUUGCUAAGUUGACCAAGGAAAAGAAAGCCUUACAGGAAGCUCAUCAGCAAACGCUGGAUGAUCUGCAGAGUGAAGAAGACAAAGUCAACACUCUGACCAAGGCCAAGGCUAAGCUGGAGCAGCAAGUGGAUGAUCUUGAAGGAUCCCUUGAGCAAGAAAAGAAAAUACGCAUGGAUCUUGAGAGAGCAAAGCGGAAGCUUGAGGGGGAUCUAAAGUUAGCCCAUGAGAGUCUCAUGGACUUGGAAAAUGACAAGCAGCAACUCGAAGAGAGGCUGAAAAAGAAAGAUUUUGAAAUCAGUCAGCUAGUUGGCAAAAUAGAGGAUGAACAAGCGAUGAGUGCCCAACUCCAGAAAAAACUGAAGGAGUUGCAGGCCCGCAUUGAGGAGCUGGAGGAAGAGCUGGAGGCAGAGCGAGCUGCCCGAGCCAAAGUGGAGAAGCAGAGAGCAGACUUGGCCAGAGAGCUGGAGGAGAUCAGUGAGAGGCUGGAGGAGGCUGGUGGAGCAACAUCUGCCCAGAUUGAGAUGAACAAGAAGAGGGAGGCUGAGUUCCUGAAACUCCGCAGAGACCUUGAAGAGGCCACUCUGCAGCAUGAAGCCACUGCUGCCACACUCAGGAAGAAACAAGCUGACAGUGUUGCUGAUCUGGGAGAGCAGAUUGACAACCUGCAAAGAGUCAAGCAGAAACUGGAGAAGGAGAAAAGUGAGCUUAGAUUGGAGCUGGAUGAUGUUGUCUCCAAUAUGGAGCAGACUGUGAAGUCAAAGAACAAUUUGGAGAAAAUGUGCAGGUCUCUGGAGGACCAGAUGAAUGAAUACAAAACAAAGGCAGAAGAGGGACAACGUGCCAUCAAUGACUUCACCAUGCAGAAAGCAAAGCUUCAAACUGAGAAUGGUGAACUUGCAAGACGACUUGAGGAAAAGGAUUCCCUGGUGUCUCAACUAACCAGAGGAAAACAGUCAUACACUCAACAAAUUGAGGACCUUAAAAGACAACUAGAAGAGGAAGUUAAGGCCAAGAAUGCUUUAGCCCAUGCAGUGCAGUCUGCUCGUCAUGACUGUGACCUGCUCAGGGAGCAGUAUGAGGAGGAGCAGGAGGCCAAGGCUGAAUUGCAGCGUGGCAUGUCCAAGGCCAACUCGGAGGUGGCUCAGUGGAGAACUAAGUACGAAACUGAUGCCAUCCAGAGAACUGAGGAACUGGAGGAGGCCAAGAAGAAGCUGGCUCAGCGUCUGCAGGAGGCUGAGGAAACUGCUGAAGCAGUAAAUGCUAAAUGUUCCUCUCUGGAGAAGACCAAACACAGGCUGCAGAAUGAGAUUGAAGAUCUUAUGGUUGACGUGGAGAGGUCUAAUGCUGCUGCUGCUGCUCUGGACAAGAAGCAAAGAAACUUUGACAAGAUCUUGGCAGAGUGGAAACAAAAGUAUGAAGAGUCUCAAACAGAGCUGGAGAGCUCUCAAAAGGAGGCCAGGUCCCUGAGCACUGAACUCUUCAAACUGAAGAACUCCUAUGAAGAAUCACUGGAACAUCUGGAGACGAUGAAGCGAGAGAAUAAGAAUCUGCAGGAGGAAAUAUCUGACCUCACUGAGCAAAUUGGGGAGAGUGGGAAGAAUAUUCAUGAGCUUGAGAAGAUUCGAAAACAGUUGGAGCAAGAGAAGUCUGAGAUACAAGCAGCCCUGGAAGAAGCAGAGGCCUCAUUAGAGCAUGAGGAAGGGAAGAUUCUCAGAGCCCAGCUUGAAUUUAACCAGAUUAAGGCCGAUAUUGAGCGCAAGCUGGCUGAGAAAGAUGAAGAGAUGGAGCAAGCAAAGAGAAACCAACAGCGUACUGUGGACACUCUUCAAAGCUCUCUCGAGGCAGAGACUCGCAGCAGGAAUGAGGCCCUCCGUUUGAAGAAGAAGAUGGAGGGAGACCUCAAUGAGAUGGAGAUCCAGCUGAGCCAGGCCAACAGGCAGGCAGCUGAGGCUCAGAAACAACUUAAGGCUGUUCAUGCACAUCUAAAGGAUGCACAACUCCAGCUUGAUGAGUCUCUUCGAGCCAAUGAUGAUCUGAAGGAAAACAUUGCCAUUGUAGAGAGACGCAACAACCUGCUUCAGGCUGAAGUGGAGGAGCUCAGGGCUGCUCUGGAACAAGCUGACAGAAGUCGCAAACUUGCUGAGCAAGAGCUGCUGGAUGUUAGUGAAAGGGUGCAGCUACUGCACUCACAGAAUACUAGCCUGAUAAACCAAAAGAAGAAGCUGGAGGCUGAUACGUCCCAGCUUCAGACUGAAGUGGAGGAAGCGGUGCAGGAGUGCAGGAAUGCUGAAGAGAAGGCCAAGAAGGCCAUUACUGAUGCUGCCAUGAUGGCAGAGGAGCUGAAGAAAGAGCAGGACACCAGUGCUCACCUGGAGCGUAUGAAGAAGAACAUGGAGCAAACCAUCAAAGACCUCCAGCACCGUUUGGAUGAAGCUGAACAGAUCGCCAUGAAGGGAGGCAAAAAGCAGGUGCAGAAGCUCGAGGCCAGGGUGAAGGAACUGGAAAAUGAGGUUGAAAUGGAGCAGAAGAAAAGCAGCGAAGCAGUGAAGGGCAUCCGCAAAUAUGAGCGCCGCAUCAAAGAACUUACUUAUCAGACUGAGGAAGACCGCAAGAAUCUUGCCCGACUCCAAGAUCUGGUAGAUAAGCUGCAGCUGAAGGUGAAGGCCUACAAGAGAUCUUCAGAGGAAGCUGAGGAACAGGCUAACGUCCACCUUGGCAAGUUCCGUAAGCUGCAGCACGAGCUGGAUGAGGCUGAGGAGAGGGCUGACAUCGCUGAGUCUCAGGUCAACAAGCUGCGGGCCAAGAGCCGUGAAGCCGGCUCCAAGAAAGGGUUUGAGGAGGAGUGAAGCUUUGGAGCCUGCAGAAACCCCCUUUGCCUGCCGUGUAACUGUAGAUGCACAAUGGAGUAAUAGGCCUACUUUAAGGGAGAAAAAAAUUGAGAUUCGAGAAUAAAGUCAUAAUAUUUUGACGAAACAAAACAUAACAUUGCACUAUUAAAUUUGGAAUUUAAUUAGAAUAAAUUCAUAAUGUUUCAAGAAAAAAAUGUCAUAUUACAAGAAUCAGUUGUAAUUUAUACGCAAAACAAGUUGAGAUCUAAAUACCCUGUCUUAGCAAUCUGUCUUUUAUCUGACAAAUAAGUUAUUGUAAUGACUGGAUGGUAUAGGUUUCACCAGUAAGACACUUAUCUGAUUAGAGAGAAAAUUAAAACAGUUACACAAAGUAUGACAUAAUAGGCAGGUGUGUUUUGAAGCAGUAGCUUUAGCACAGCAGGUACUGAGAGCUCAGUCAUGGCAUAAGAAUGUGAUGCAUUUCUGCAAAUGAUUUGAAAGGCAGUCCUAUAAUCUACUGUGUAUUACAUUAAUACUCUGUGCGCUGCUGAUAAGGUAAUACCCCCUUACACAACCAUCUGACACCUAACCAUGUGACUCUCUCUGGAUGAGAUGAAGAUUAGGGUAGAAGCCGUGUGAUGCUCUUCAGCAGAGGUUAAAAACUGAAACUUGGAUGCAAAAAAUUUCAUUUCUAAUCAGGCAUCGAUGUCAUCAAUGAGUGGCUGAUUGUCCGCACGAAUUUUAACACUUCUGAUCAAGCGCAGCACUCAGCCACAUUCCUUUAGGCGUAGUAGGGGUACAAACAGAGCAAAUUCGCCUUCAAGCGAGGAAGAAUAUAACUUGGCGACACCUACUCUAUUUUAACUUCAUUCUCAAAAUAUUAUGACUUUUUUCUCAUAUUAUUGUGCGUUAAUACGCAGAAUCUGUGAUUUUCUUUUUCUAACAGUGGCCCUAAUACUUCAUUAUAUACAUAGAUCUCCUCCACUAUCAAUACUCAUAACCUGUAGUGCUUAAUAAAAUCUCAUCAAGCUGUUGCACAA